AUGGAGUCCUCCCCGCCUAGCCCGUACACGGAGCCCGACGGCCUCUUCACGCCUCCCGCCGCCGAGGAGUCGCCCAUCGACCGGUUCGCGUCGCCAUCGGACAAGCCGGCGCAUGACUCCAGAGCACCUCCAUCACCGCACAAUCACGACACUGCGCCUGGCCGCCUACCAAGUGACGAUCCCUCCGAAGGCGACAUGUCGCAUCCCCGUGAAGCUAUAUCAAAGCUCCUCAACGGCAAGGAGCAGGAAUGGAACUCGAUCGCGCAGAAGAAGGCUCCGCUGCAACUCCUCGACCUGCCCGUUGACAUUCUGCGAGGCAUCAUCGACAACCUGCCGCACACCAACGACUUGACAUCACUCGCUCUCUGCCACUCGGCGCUGCACGCUCUCACGAUCCCCUGCAUCUACUCCCGCUUCGACAUUGUCUGGCCUGACAAUGCCGCGCACACCGAACCGCGAUCCGGCGUCGACGCGCUGACCUACGGCCUUGCUACGCUCGUCAUGGGCGAGGAGAUAUUCGGCGAAUCGCCCGCCCAACGCGCCUAUCGCGAGCAGACGUCGGCAAGGUACAACAGACCAAAGCCCACCAACGACGACCCCUUCCCACUGCCGAAACGCCGCCGGGGCAACCACUUUGCGCGUUACACGAAGAAGUUCUCUCUAGGAAACGGCCCCCCGGAAUGGGUGCAGGAGUACCUCAUAACUAAAGAAGGGGGCAAAAUGCUUGGCACGUUGGUUGCUAUUGCGGUAGCCAGGAUGCACAAUCUGGAGACAUUUGUCUGGGACAUGCCAACGGGCGUGUUGAGGGAUGUUUGGUUGGCGCUAUCGUCGUUGGCUGAGCGCGACGACGGAGAGGAUUGCAGACUUGAGCGCCUUUGGAUUCGCUGGCACGACAACUCUCAGGCGGACAUCACCGGACCGGUGGUACCUCCGCCGUUGCCGAUCAACAACUUACCGCCCCCUCCGCCCCACCAUGCUCACCAUGUCAGCGGGGCUGGCGUGGCUCAGGCACCGAUUGUUGUUCCCGCUGUGCAGCCCGCGCCACUUCUCAUGUCGGCAAUGGACCGCGUGGAACACCCCACCUUCUCCGUAAUACCCGCGCUAAAGAGCCUUAGCGUAUUGGAUAUCGACGAGCUCCCCUACCUUGACGAGAUGGCGAUUCUUAUCGGAAGAUCACAGAGGAAGCUACGGGAACUUAGGAUUGGUGUUGCACGACAUGUUCACGAGCAUGAGCGGGACUGGGUGAAUGUCUGGGAGGGUGACGGGGUCCAGCAAGUCGACCAUAGCACCACAUGGACUGCUGCAAGCAAAAUUGGAGAGAAGAGGCUUGGUGGUGUGCUAGGAAUAUUGGUGGGAAGAGUUUACAACAUGAGGCGGAAUUCUGAGAGCGAAGAGAAGCUCGGCGCAGUGGAUCGCGCACUCAUGGCUGGCACGUUAUCGGCGAAAAGUAACCUAAACCUUCCGGAGGAAACCGUCCUGGAUCGCGAACAAGACACCAACAAUCCAUUUGCCGUACCGAUUGCCCAUCCCCAUGGUGGCAUGUAUGGUUCGCAAACCACAGGCACAGGAGCCCAGGCACUGGACGAAUCAGGACAUUCCUCUUAUUCGACGGCACCAUCUUCAGCGGCAUCUUCGCCUGUUCACGGCCGGAAGCGCCAUGGAGGAGGUGCUUCGAAGAUUGAUAGGCAGCGCCGGGAGCAAGAGAAGAAUCUCGGUCCAAUUCUCAACAACAAGCUAAAGCUUGAAAUAUUGGAAUUGGAGCGGGUCCCGCUCUCUGUCCCCGUAUUACUUCGCGCCUUUGACUGGACAAUUCUUUCGACCUUGACUCUGCUAAACUGCAACAACCACGAGCAAUUAUGGAAGUCUCUGCGCCGUCAAUACACGCCUCGGCCUAUGCCUUCAAGUUACGCGUCCGGAUCGCCUUCUAAGAGUCCCAGAUCCUCAAUGAACACCCGUUACGAGUACAGUUUGAACCUCAAGAAAAUCCAUACCAACACCGUUUCAUCUUCUCUAAUCUCUUUCCUCAAAGAGACACUGGCACCGAACAGUCUCGAGGUCUUGUUCCUGCAAGAAGACCGUUCCUAUCAUUCUUCCGUCUCGGUCGAGUCGAUUUUCCGCGGGCCCCUGCGUCGGCAUCGUGCGAGCCUGAAGAAAGUCAUGAUCGACAGCAGUGAGAGGGGAGCCGAUGGACACCCGUCGACCAGGUGGAGGAGAUGGAUGUUGACUCGCGAUAUUAUUACGUUCAUAACCAGUGGCCGCAUGCCCCAGCUUCGGGAAUUGGCGGUCACGAUUGAUUACCACGACUGGCAUUAUUUCCUCCAACGCCUGCCCCAGAUCCCGCACGUCCGCAGCCUCUACAUCCCGCACGUGGCCGACCACGCGCACGGCAACAACAUCGACCCCCGCGAGCUGGCUCUCCAAAUCGUCGAUAUCAUUGCCCUGCGGCCCGAGCUCGAGAUCUGCUACAUGGGCAUCUCGACCAAGUGCUUCGAAGUGCUAGAAAACAAGCACCCGAGCUCGAGCGAGAGCAGCAGCAUGACGCUGGACGGCAGCGGCAGCCCCUUCGGACAGCACGUAGGCGGCGGGGGCGACGGACUGGGCUUCACGGACGACGAGGACGACGUUGACGACGAAGAGGACGUCGAAGAGGAGGACGGCGAGGAGACGGAGGAGGGUGGUUCCGACGAGGAAGACGAGCCCGACGACGCGUUCGACGAUGAGAGCGAUGACGAGAGCUUUGUCCAUAGUGAUGAUGGGCGGGGGAGCGGGUCGCGGCUGCGGCUAAGGGAGAUUCUCUUCUACGACGACAAGGUCGCCAUCUUCAAGGCUAGGCAUGGGCGGCUGUGA